AUGCAUGAGCUGCGCAAGGAGAAGCAUCGGGAUCCAUCGAACUCGUCUCCUCCUCCUCCUCCUGACCAGGGACAGGAUGCUCCAGACUCGGAAGCUGGCGGCCGUCAGGAGAGCAGGAGAGCGGGCAACCAUGUGAGAGCGGUCAAUGGGUGGGACGAGGACGAGGAGGGGCAGCUGGAGUGGGUGUAUGGGAUCCCGGAGGGGAAGAGAAAGGUUGUGAUCGAGCUGGGAUCGAACGAUGGGCAGUGGAUCUAUGGCUUCAUGAUGAACCACCCGGAAUUCUGGCCGAUCAUCGUAGAGGCGCAACCUGUUUUCAAAGAUUCCCUUCGAGAAAUUGCUCGCGAUAAUCAGGGAGUUUACAUCCAGAAAGCAGCUUGGAUCACAGACGGACAGAAGAUGAAGUUCUACGGGCACAGCGACGCCGGGGGGAUGGGCUCCUCACUGUUUCACGACUCUGUCUAUCAUGACGGCUGGUGUGACGGGAAGAUGAACUGCAGCGUGAAGCUCGGGGAGGAGUAUGAAGUACAGACGUUGGAUGUCGUCGAGCUGGUCAAGUCAGUAGCGACUGAGAGCGACUUCGUCAUCCUGCGCAUGGAUGUGGAGGGAGCCGAGUACGAGAUCGCCCACCAGGUCGCCUGCUGGAUCGACUACUGGGAGCUAGAGGGUCAUGCCAUGUAUGCCCCUCAGAACUACAAGUUUCGCCCGGUCGACCUAGUUCUUCCUUGGCUGCUCAGAGCUUGCGGUGUCGAGAUGAGAAUUUUCCAGUACUACAAGGCUGACCCGAAGCUGCUGCAGCAACGGGAGGAGAUGGAGAGGGAGCAGGCCUUGACUCUGUUUGAAGCCAACGCUGCUCGAUCGUCGAUUCAGCCCUUGGAGGCUCACGGUUACUGGCACAGGUUGCGCGUUAGGUCUGAGCGUGUUGCGAUGCGCGGAGGACAGGAGAAAGAGAGUACCAAGGAGCGGCAUGAAGCAGCCUAUGAGUACACCAACAUGUCCCUUGAGGCGAAGAUCGUGAGAUCAGAGAAGAUGAUUAAAGAGGUCGAUCGAGAAAUGGAAAACGCAAAGCAGUGUUUGCUCGAUCCAGACAUGGAUAAGCUCAUACAUUGGCAGACGAGAAUCGAAGUGCUUCGAGCGAAAAAGAGCAUGCUGCAAACAGAAAGGCUUUACCUGCUCGAUGAAUUCUUUGCCCAGUCUUCGCCCAAGGAGAAAACAGAGGGCUCAAGAGACCAUCAGACCUGCACGUCACCUGAUGAAGCCUGA